AUGGGCUACUUCAAUGAGAAAACAAGCUUGUCCUGGAGACAGAAUUCUAAUAGGAAAUCAUCUAGAAAUCGGCAUGUGAGGACCUGCAUGUUCAGGCUUCCUUGGCAGUCUGAGUUCUCUCCCAUUGAACUUGUCAAGGAACUUGCGGAAAGAGUGACAAAUGCUCUACGCUUGGUCUCUAUAAGGAGAUCUUUACACCGAAACUCAUCUUCCUUGGGAAGAUCAGAAUCAGCAGGGUCUUCAGUUGAUUCUCAUAGGACAGCUGCUGUUGAGGACUGCAUUGAGUUCAUCCACUCUUCCUUUUCUAGAUCGAAUUCCUCAGCCACAACAUCCCGCAAAGAUUCUACACAUGCUCCUUGA